CAGUUAAAAUUUACUCCCUCUGUUCUAGAAAUGACAACAUCGAGAAUGUCUGUUAGUAGCGAAGACUUCAUUGUUUUAAACUUCGGAUGAAUAUAAUUGAGGAUACAGUAAGGCCGAAGGUAUUAAUUUAUGCCUUUCUUUUCAUUUUCUCCUUCAACUACAACGCCCCGGAAAUGCGUUAUCCAGUUUGAUAGAAUGUGACCUACAUUUAAAGGAGCAGGGCUUUCAGUAAUAAAGUUCAUGCACAUCAAUGAAAACCGAUUUCAAGAAAACCAUUACACCUGAAUAAUACAAUGAAAAAAAAAACAUGGUUUGCUUUCUAAAAAGAUUGAUGGACUGCUAUAUGAUGAAUUGAUAUUUUUCUAACAGAAAAGAGCUGAUGUUGCUUUAAAUAUUUCAUGUCAAAUAUAGAAUUUCCUUGCUUAAUGGGUUUAACUACAAUGAUUUUGUGAACAGAAAAAGAAGUUUAUGAUGAAAUCUUUAGAUAACGUUAAAUUUACAUAGUUGUAAUCAUUUCACGCCAAUGCUAGCCAAACAUGUGAUUUUAUAUAUUGUGAUAACGGAAACCAUGUUUUAAUUAUUAAAAGAAACACUUAUUUAAUCCACGUUAAGUGGCACCUGCUGGUCAGGAUUGUUGUUUUAUGCUUCCUCUUUAUUUUUAAGUAAAGAGUUUUUUUUAACAUAUUGAAUCAAAUUUUCCAAAGAUAUCAUAUUUAAGCGCACAAAUCAACGCACAUUAAUCUAAAAAGAAAAGAACAAAAUGGUUGUUUUAGUGUUGUUUAUGAUUGCCACAGUAGUUGCUUUGGUGCUAUUUGACUGGUAUGUAGAAGAACAUACAAGCCAACCUCAAAACUCAAGACCAUUUGCAGAAGAACCUCGUGCGGAGAGAUACUAUAGUUCCAGUAGUAUAUUCACUGUACUUGGAUUUUCAAGGGAAGAUGUGAGAACUUUUACAGCAUUUAGAGAUAAAUUCAGGAGCUAUGCUGAGGUUACGAGUGCCAUGAGACGAGCUGGCUUAGAAAGAAUGAGGCUGAUAGUGGCCAUUGAUUUCAGUGCCAGUAAUGAAUGGCAAGGAAGGAGAUUUUUUAAAGGUGAAAUGCUGCAUGCUUUGAAAGGAAGUACAGUCUUCAAUCCGUAUCAGAAAGUGUUACAUACUUUAGCUCCUGCAUUCACUCCUUUUCUGCAUAGUCAACCUAUACACGCUUAUGGUUUCGGAGAUGUUCGCACAAAAGAUUACGACGUGUUUCCCCUAAAACCAUCGGGAGCAGCACUUGGGUGCAUGGAAGAUGUUUUAGAUGCCUAUAAUCAUAGUGCACGCAGAGUGCAAAGAAGUGGUCCAACAUCAUUAGCACCCAUAAUUCGUAGAGCAACAGACAUCGUUCGCCGUACUGGAUUGUUCCAUAUAUUGCUCAUAAUAACUGAUGGCCAAAUGCGACCCGAAGACGUGCCAACAAGACAUGCUUUAGUAGAAGCAUCGAAGAGUGCUCUUAGCAUCGUUGCGGUAGGGGUCGGAGAUGGCCCUUGGAGAGCACUUGAAGAAUGGGAUGAAAGAGUUCCAGACAGAAAGUACGACAACUUCCAUUUCGUCAACUACCAUCACGUCAUUCGUUCUGCUAGGAAUGCUGAAGCAGCGUUGGCACUACAUGCUCUUAUGGAGAUACCAGAUCAGUUCCAAACUAUUCUUAAGUUCAAUUAUUUGAAUAAAUAUUGAUGAGAAUAAUAUAA